AAAAAUCGUAUAAAAACAAAAAAUUGGGUUUUGAUUUUUUCCCAUCUUAUUUGCACCUAACAUCUGCCCUUUUCUUUCUCUCUCUUCCACUUCGGUGUCAGCCCCCUUUCUUGAGAGAGAAAGAGGAAGUCAAUUCACAUAUCGUUCACCUUCUCUGCGCGUUAAAAGCAUUCUUAGAGAGAGAGAAAAAGAAAACCUACGAAAUCCCGUUUGUUUCUCUAAAACCCCAAUUUGCAGAGAGGAUUUAGCCGGCAUUUCCCAUCUGGGUUUUGAUUUGUUUGGGUUCUCUGUUAAGGUUGGAGUGUCACUGGUGUUUUCUGCUUCCUUUUUGGCUGAAUUCUUGGAAGGGGAAGGAGGGAGAUGCGAAGGCAAUGAAAAGAUGGAGUUUGUAGGAAAAACUGUGAAGAAAGAUUUCAAGGGCUUCGGGGUUUUUACGGGGGUCGUGAAAUCGUACGACAACUCGUCAGGAUUUUUUGAGAUCGUCUAUGCAGAUGGGGAUUCGGAGGAGCUCGAUCUCUCUGAGGUUGCUUCGCUCGUCAUGGCUGGCACUAACGGCGAGGGACGAGUCGAGCCAAAGCAGGUUCAGGAGAAGCCGCGGGUUGGCCGCAAGCCGAAGAAGAGGCGCCGUGUCGACAGGAGGGCUGCCCAGAAUGAAAUUGGUGCCAGUCUUCAUCCAGAAACCAAGUCUGCUGAUAGGAAUUUAAAUGAUACCAUAGAGAAGGAAGCCGGGGGUGAGGAGAAUUCGAAAUUGAAUGGAAGUGUUGAAAUGAAAAAUUGUAUUGAUUUGAAUUCUGGAUUUGGUUUCAAUCUGAAUGAAGAUUUUGGUUCUCCUGGUGGGGUUGAUAAUAAUGGCGAGGGGAAUUUGAAGAGAGAGUCUAUUGAUUUGAAUCUGGAUGCGGAUUGCUUUACAGAGGUAACUGUUAAUGUUGAUUACUCUGUUGAGGAGACAAGGCAGAAGGAAUGUGGUUUUGAUUUGAAUUUGCGGGUUGAAGAUGAGGCUACUAAGGACGGUGACAACAUUAACUAUGAUGGGCAAGCGAGAGAAUUUAUUCACCCUCAGAUGGUUCGAGAAAAGGGGAAAGUGGUGGGAACUGUUAAUGGAGAGAGUCUUUGUAAUGGGGAACUCAAGGAAGUUCAUGUAUCUGGAGAUUGGCUGUUACAGUCUGUUGGGGGAAUUGGUAAGGACAGUGGUGUUUUAAUUAAGGAAUUUAAUUGCCAUGGAGUUGUGUUGAAAGAUGGCCUGGAAGAACCUGGUACAGCAGUAGUUGAUGAUGGGUGCCUUGGUGAUGUGAGUAAUUCUUACAGACAAGUCAGGGGCCGAAGAAAGCGGAGAAAGGUUUCAGAGAAUAUAGAUUCUACUGCAGAAAAGGUCUUGAGAAGAAGUGCCCGAAGAGGAUCUGCUAAAAAUCAGGUUUUAAGACCAAAAGUAUCUUUUAUGGAUGAAUUAUCUGCAUCUCCAGCAGUUAGUGCCGUAACAGAGGAGAAGCCUGUUAAAUCAGGCUAUAAAACUCUUGAAGAGCAUAUUGUUUGUCCUCCAAAGCUGCAACUACCACCAUCUUCGCAGAGUUUGAAUUUAGAUGGAGUUGCCGUUCUUGAUGUUUUUUCCAUUUAUGCUUGUUUGAGAUCAUUUAGUACUUUACUAUUUUUAAGUCCCUUUGAGUUGGAGGAUUUUGUGGCAGCCCUCAACUCCAAGUCCCCUAGCUCGUUAUUUGAUAGUAUUAAUGUUUCAAUUUUGAAAACUCUGAGAAAGCAUCUGGAGCAGCUGGCAAAUGAAGGUUCUGAAUCAGCCUCUGAGUGUUUGAGGAGUCUUAAUUGGGGUUUGUUGGAUGCUAUCACAUGGCCCAUUUUUAUGGUUGCGUACCUACUGAUUCAUCGUGAAGGAUUAAACCCUGGUUUUUAUCUUAGUAGUUUGAACCCAUUCAGAACUGACUAUUAUAAACAACCAGCUUCUGUGAAGAUUGAGGUACUAAGGUGGUUGUGUGAUGAUAUGAUUGAGGUUGAAACCAUAAGAUCAGAGGUUAAUAGAAGAUCUUCGGCAUCUGACUCAGAGAUGGAUUUUGAUCGAGGUGUAAAUAUUGAGGUUUGCAAGAAAAGGAAAGCUGUGGUGGAUUUGUCGGGUGGAUCUUGUUCGACUGAAGAGGGUGUUGAUGACACUGCAGACUGGAAUUUCGACGAAUGCUGCCUUUGUAAGAUGGAUGGGAGCUUAAUAUGCUGUGAUGGCUGUCCUGCUGCUUAUCAUUCAAAGUGUGUUGGUGUUGCCAGUGCGCUUUUGCCAGAGGGUGAUUGGUACUGCCCUGAGUGUGCAAUUGACAGAAAUAAACCUUGGAUGAAAACUUUUAAGUCACUUCGAGGAGCAGAACUUUUGGGGAUUGAUCCUCAUGGUCGGUUAUUUUUUAGCAGCUGUGGUUGCUUGUUGGAUUUCCUUGAAGACUUAUGGGAACGGAUUCAAGUCCUGUCUAACAAUGGAUGGAAACUUGAUAGUGUGCCCAGACCUCACCUUUCAUUUGAAGCCCAGCUAGUUGCUGGAAAGUCUCACGAAUUUGGGGCCAUCAGUUGCCCUGAGCUGCCUGAUGCCCCUUCAACACUCUCUGAGAUGACAUAUGGUGAACAAAGACAUAUUGCAGAGUUGAGGUAUCCUCAAAGGUUGCACAGACUUAACAUAUUCCACACUAGUAAAACUGAGGAUUUGCAGCCUAUAGAUCGUUUUGUUGUUGAGGAAUAUUUGCUUGACGUGCUUUUGUUCCUGAAUGGCUGUCGAAAGGAAUGUGCUUCUUUCAUGGUUGGCUUGCCUGUGCCCUUCCGAUAUGAGUAUCUUAUGGCUGAGACAAUAUUCUCUCAGGGUUUCCAAGUGAAGGCUGAGUUAGAUUCAAGUGACAAUGAAUUCUUGUUCAAUUACUAUCAUAAAGAUGAUCUCAAUGCCAUUAUUGAUGUGCUGAAGACUUCAGAUAUUAUCUAUGGUGACAUAAUAAAAGCAAUUUACAAGCAGUGGCAUAUAUCUGCUGGCUCAAAGGGAGCUAGUGGCAACUUCAACCUUCUCAGUUAUGUAUCUUUAGACAGGCUUGUAAAUGGGCAAAUUCCUGCUGUUAGCAUCCAGAUACCACCUUUAGCUUCUUCUAAUAUAUGUGCAAUGAAAAAUGAGACUACUGGUGGAGGAAAACCUGAAGAGAAGUUUGUUAACUUGUUGGAUACAGUGAACAAAACUGAAAUUCCCUGUGUAGAUUCUGAAGGGUCAGAUGAAACUGCACGAAUGGAUUCACAUGGCAAUCAAGGAUCUGUUAACUUGUUGGCCCCUGGUGACCCCUUACCAGUCAGAAACCGAAUAACAGGAGACACAUCAAAAAUGCAGAGGGGAUCUGGUUACAUGAACAGUUAUGCUUUUGCUCAAACAGCUUCUUCAGUUUUAGAAGAGUUAAUGCCUAAGUUAUCAGACAAGAAGAAUGGAGAGGCUCUAAAAUCAGAAGAGGAGAUUAUCUCAACACAGAUGAAGACUAUUUUGAAGAAAUCCAACAUGUUUCAAUGGCCAGAUGUUCAGCACCAAAAUACUGAUGUCCAGAAAGAAAAAUGUGGGUGGUGCUUCACUUGUAGAUACCCUACUGAUGACAUGGAUUGCUUGUUUAACAUGAUUCGAGGUCCUCUUCAGAAAGGUUCAAAAAGUGUGUUGGUUGGCCUUCAAUUGAAGUUGAAAAGAAAAGGCCAUCUUAUAGAUGUCGUUAGUCAUAUUAUUUCCAUUGAAAAUCGUUUGCAUGGGCUUUUGUUGGGUCCAUGGCUGAAUCCACAGUACACCAAGGCUUGGCGUGAAAGUAUUCUCAAGGCCACUGAUGCUGCAUCUGUCAAACAUUUGUUGCUAAUGUUAGAGGCAAAUCUGCAUCGUCGUGCACUCUCAGCAGACUGGUUGAAACCUUUGGAUUCUGCUGUAGCAUUGGGUUCAGCUUCUCAUGCUGUGGCUACAAUUCGUACAUCCUCAAAGCAUGGGAUUGCAAGGAAAAGGUGUAGGCCUUCUGAGUUUGAUGUUAACCCUACUUCAUCUGCUGCUUCAACCAGUAUUUGUUGGUGGAGGGGUGGUCAGCUUUCUCGUCAAUUGUUCAGCUGGAAGAUUUUACCUUACUCUUUAGUUUCCAAGGCUGCUAGGCAAGCGGGCCGUGUGAAGAUACCAGGCAUACUUUACCCUGAGAAUUCAGACUUUGCAAAGAGAAACAAAUAUGUUGCCUGGCAAGCUGCUGUUGCAUCAUCAACAAGCGUGGAGCAGGUUGCACUCCAGGUUAGAGAACUUGAUUCAAAUAUUAGGUGGGAUGACAUUGAAAACACACACCCUCUCCCUGCAUUGGACAAGGAAUUUAAGAAAUCAAUCAGACUGUUCAAGAAAUGUGUUAUCCGAAGAAAAUCUUUAGAAGGAGAAGAGGUUAAGUAUCUUCUUGAUUUUGGUAAAAGGAGAAGCAUUCCUGAAAUUGUUAUGAAAAAUGGAACCAUGGUUGAAGAGUCUUCCAGCGAAAGAAAGAAAUAUUGGUUAAGUGAAUCUUAUGUGCCCUUGCAUCUCUUGAGAAGCUUUGAAGAGAAGAGAAUAGCCCGCAAAUCUGGUAAGAUUAAUCCUGAGAUUUCUUCCAAGACAAGUAAAGCAGUUAAGAAGCCCUCAAAGACAAGGGGGUUCUCCUAUCUAUUUGCAAGAGCAGAGAGACCUGAUUGUCAUCAGUGUGGGCAUUGCAACAAAGAUGUCCCAAUCAGGGAAGGUGUGCGCUGCCAAUAUUGUGAGGGAUUUUUCCAUAAAAGGCAUGUUAGAAGGUCUUUUGGGGCAAUCCCUGCCAAAUGUACAUAUACAUGUCAUCGAUGCCAGAGUGGGAAGUGGAAUAUUGUUGCAAAAAGUGGGAAAAGUGACACAAAAAGGAAGAAAACUAAGGCUGAUGCAAAAGCUAUCAAAAGUGACACAAAAAGAGGGAAAACUAACAACAAAGGUGUGAAACAACAGUCACUAAAGUAUAAGAAGUCCCUGAGAGCUAACAAGUCAGUGUGGUUAAAAGACAACAAAAUGGCAUUGCCGGUGCGAAGGUCACCACGAGUGAAGAAUGAUAAAAAAGUUGUAGCCGUUGUACCUCUUCGUCGUUCAUCUAGGAAAGUUAAAAGCAUUUCAGUGCAAAGUAAGAAGCGUGGCAGACCCAAGAAAGUGAAACAGAACUCUAAGAAGAAAACAACUAAAAAAUCAAAGAAAGGUACGUUGCAGAGGAAAAGAACAAAUGCUUGUCAUAGUUAUUGGCUUAAUGGUCUCUUGUUGUCUAGAAAGGAUAAUGAUGCGAGGGUGGUGCAGUUUAAGGAGGCAAGUGUUUUUGCUCCUUCUGAGGACUUGACUGUUAUUGAUCAACCCAAAUGCCUUCUUUGUUGUGAAUCUGGAUAUACAUCUAGAUCAGAGUAUAUUGCCUGCCAACUUUGUGGAGGCUGGUAUCAUGGAGAUGCUUAUGGACUUGAUGAUGAGAAGAAAGAUAAGCUUAUUGGAUUUAGAUGUCAUGUCUGUCGUGAAAGAACCCCUCCUUCAUGUCCACAUAACCUGGCUAUGAGGAGUGAAGAAUCUCCAUUGGUUGACACUGAAGAAUCUCCGUUGGUUGAGACUGAAGAAUCUCCGUUGGUUGAGACCCAACUCAAUGAUGAGAUUCAAUGUCCUGAGAAAGUAACCGAUAGUCUUCAAGGUUCAUUGGCAGCUGACCACUGCUUGCACAAGGAGCAUUCAGGUAUCAGUCUGGAUACAAAUCAAGGUCCUCUGAUGGAAUGUGAAUUGGAAGCUCCGUUGGUUGAGACCCAACUCAUUGAUGAGAUUCAAUGUCCUGAGAAAGUAACCGAUACUCUUCAAGGUUCGUUGGCAGCUGACCACUGCUUGCACAAAGAGCAUUCAGGUAUCAGUCUGGAUACAAAUCAAGGUCCUCUGAUGGAAUGUGAAUUGGAAGCAGAAGAUGGGAAAUGAGAUGCAGAACACUGAUUGACAAAAAAUUUAACAUUGAUUUGAAACCAAAUACACUAACAUCUCAUGAGAAUUUUAUGUUGGAAGAUAGUAGUAGAAUUGAUUCAGGACUUGAUGUCUCUGCAACUUCUGAUGAUCAGGCAGACAGUCCAUCUUUCCAGAGUGAGCUGGCUUUGUUGAAGGCUGAAUUGGCAUCCUUAACGGUGCAGCUCAACUGAAUGACCAUCCAAAUCACCAGUAGAUGGGAGUCAUUCAUUCUAGACUGCAAAUUUGCAUAUCCCCAGAAGUUCAAGGCAUCAGGUGAAUUUGUUAGAUGAGGAAACAAAAUUGUUGUAGAUUAGGUUUACAAUUUGUCAUUUAAUUGGUGUACUAGACUGGAAAUUAGUGUAGGGGUAGAUUUAUUUGUGGGGGCAAGAGUUCCAUGUAAAUCGUCUAAUCUUGUUGAAACUCAUGGAAGAUUUUUAAACAGUACACCAGGAUGAUUCAUUUGAAUUGUAGAAAUAAUUUUUUCUUGCAGAC